AUGAAUGGGGAAUCUUUUGCUUUAUCCUCUAUAACUGAAUAUAAACUUUGCUAUGUGACAAAUUUAUGCCUUCAAUUAUGUACGUUAACUAUGGAUACAUUUGUUCAUCUAUUCUCCUGUCUAAUUAAUUUAUCUCAUUUAAAAAUGAAAUUACUUCAAAUUGAUGAAAAACGUCAAGAAGGUUAUGUAUACGAUAUUAAUAGUGAAAAACCAACAAAAUGUCGAAUUAAACAAAUGGAUAUAGAUACUGUUUCUCAAUCAGCACUUGAAUAUUUACUUUAUUAUAUUCAUUCUACACUUGAAGAACUAAUUAUUGAUAAAUUUAAUCAAGAUUUAUUUCAACAAUUUUUACCCUAUAAUAAACUUACACAAUUAAAAAUAACCAAUGGUAUAGAUACUGGGUGUAUUUGUUCAAUACCUCUAUUAAAUUUACAAUAUUUAACCAUUAAUUUAACAGAAUCAAAUUGUGAUCAUAUUAGCGAAACAAUUUCAAAAUUACUUGAUACUUAUUCUAAUUUAAUUCAUUUGACAAUAUUAGUAGAAUUAGAUGUUAUUCUCAAUCAUUUACAUAUAAAAUCAUGA